GGGAGGGCGGUCGGUUCCCAGAGGCAGGAAGGGUGAGUGGAUGGGUCUGGAACUAACGGUCACAGGUUGGGGGUGCCUGCUCUCAGUCAGCCAGGGCCAGCACAGGAAGCCUGAGCUCCUCUCAAGAGGGGGAAAGCUACCUAGGCUGGGAUUGGGGCUGAGGAGGGGCUGUGGAAGAUGUGGGCUACCAUUGUGGAGCCCAGCUGCCUACCAGGUGUGAAGGGCUACGAGGAGCCAGGCUUUGGAGCCAUGCACACAGGGUCUCCCUAUCCAGUAUGGACGGAAAAGUUGCAGUUCAUGAAGAUGGGUAUCCUGUGGUCUCGUGGGUCCCUGAGGAGGGAGAGAUGAUGGGCCAGAAAGGCCAGGACCAGGUGAAGGAUCGAGGCCAAUGGACCAACAAGAUGGAGUUUGUGCUGUCAGUGGCUGGGGAGAUCAUUGGGCUAGGCAAUGUCUGGAGGUUUCCCUAUCUCUGCUACAAAAAUGGAGGUGGAGCUUUCUUCAUCCCCUACUUCAUCUUCUUCUUCAGCUGUGGUAUCCCAGUGUUCUUUCUGGAGGUGGCACUGGGCCAGUAUAGCAGCCAGGGGAGUGUUACUGCCUGGAGGAAGAUCUGCCCCCUCCUCCAAGGCAUUGGCAUGGCAUCUGUGGUCAUAGAGUCUUACUUGAACAUCUAUUACAUCAUCAUCCUCGCCUGGGCUCUCUUCUACCUGUUCAGCUCCUUCACCUGGGAGCUGCCCUGGACAACCUGCAACAACUCCUGGAACACAGAGCAUUGCGUGGACUUUCUGAACUACUCAGCAGGCGCAGCAGUGAACCGCUCUGAGAACUUCAGUUCACCUGUCAUGGAAUUCUGGGAGAGACGGGUUCUGGGUAUUACAUCGGGCAUCCAUGACCUGGGGUCCCUGCGCUGGGAGCUGGCCUUGUGUCUCCUGCUCGCCUGGGUCAUCUGCUACUUCUGCAUCUGGAAGGGGGUCAAGUCCACGGGCAAGGUUGUUUAUUUCACAGCCACUUUUCCCUACCUGAUGUUGAUCAUUCUCCUGAUCCGGGGUGUCACCCUUCCUGGAGCCUACCAGGGUAUCAUCUUUUACCUGAAGCCAGACUUGCUACGCCUCAAGGACCCCCAGGUGUGGAUGGAUGCGGGCACCCAGAUCUUCUUCUCCUUUGCCAUCUGCCAGGGCUGCCUGACAGCCCUGGGCAGCUACAACAAGUACCACAACAAUUGCUACAGGGACUCCAUAGCCCUCUGCUUCCUGAACAGUGCCACAAGCUUCGUGGCUGGCUUUGUUGUCUUCUCCAUCCUGGGCUUCAUGUCUCAAGAGCAGGGAAUACCCAUUUCUGAAGUGGCUGAGUCAGGUCCUGGUCUAGCCUUCAUUGCCUUCCCCAAAGCCGUGACGAUGAUGCCUUUGUCCCAGCUGUGGUCCUGCCUUUUCUUCAUCAUGCUCCUAUUUCUAGGGCUGGACAGCCAGUUUGUCUGUAUGGAGUGUCUGGUGACUGCCUCGAUGGACAUGUUCCCCCAGCAGCUCCGGAAGAGCGGGAGGCGCGAGCUGCUGAUCCUGGCAGUGGCAAUUGUGUGCUACUUAAUGGGGCUCCUUCUGGUCACUGAGGGCGGGAUGUACAUCUUCCAGCUCUUUGACUACUACGCCUCCAGCGGCAUAUGCCUGCUCUUCCUCUCCUUGUUUGAGGUGAUCUGCAUCGGCUGGGUAUAUGGGGCGGACCGUUUCUAUGACAAUGUGGAGGACAUGAUUGGCUACCGGCCAUGGCCCUUGGUGAAGAUCUCCUGGCUCUUCCUGACCCCUGGCCUUUGCCUGGCCACCUUCAUCUUCUCCUUGAGCAAGUACACGCCUCUCAAAUACAACAAUGUCUACAUGUACCCUUCUUGGGGAUACUUCAUUGGAUGGCUCUUGGCUUUCUCUUCCAUGGCCUGUGUCCCACUCUUCAUCAUCAUCACCCUCCUGAAGACCCAGGGUUCCUUCAAGAAGCGUCUUCAAAGACUCAUUACACCAGACCCCAGUCUGCCCCAGCCAGGGCAGCGUCCACCUCAAGACGGCGCCUCUGCUAACAACUCUUCGCCCUCACCAGUCAAGCAAGAACUCAUUGCCUGGGAGAAGGAGACACAUUUGUAGGACCUGCCAGAGGCCAGGUGACUCCAGAGUCAGCGACCUGGUCAAGGCUACCUCCUCCCAGGGAUAACCUCUGAAACCUUGGAGGCCUCUGCACCCCCCGCCUGCUGGGAGCCACUGUUCACUUCGGAGAACUUGUCAUUUUCUUGGUCCUUCCCACCUGUGCUCCAGGAAGCUGUUUGCCAUGUGCUUUGAACUCAAGACCCUGACUUUUUGGAUUAAAAAAAAAAACCCUAGGAACUGGACAAAGUGAUGUCUUCCAGUUCACACAGCUUGUCAGAGCCUGAGACCCUCUGCUGCUCCUGUGCCCGUCUUGUGAGCUUCCAGCUUCACAGCCUCACCCCUGCCUCAGCUAACAAGCCUGUAUGGAUCACCUGCCAUUACACACGUGCCUCUUCCUUGUCUCA